CCGAAAAGGCCCAGGGAGGGGGGGAAGGAGGGUUGGCAGCCAGACCUUUCUUUGGGCCUUUGUGUGAGCCCACAAAGGCGGCUCUGUUGGGUGAACCUGGCCGAGCGUCCGCCCCUGCAGCCAGGUGAGCUGUGGGGCAGCUCCUGCAGCUCCCGCUCCUGGCCCGCUCCCUUUAUGGACCAAAAGUCAGAUUUUCACAAGAAAAUCUGCAGGAUUUUCUUCUGCUGGGCACGGGGAGGUGGCACUUGGAGGUCUCUGGAUUCUCCAGCUCCCGGUGAUGCCCCAGUUCACCUUCGCCUGUUUCUGCGGCCUCCACGGCUUCUGCAAGAUGAAGAGGAAGAAGGAGGAGGCCGGUGGGGGGCAGGAGACGGCCGUGUGAGGGGCGGGACCCCUCCUGUCACCCCGGUAUGCCGGGGGACAUCGGGCGUCUCCUUGUCACCCCUGUGAGGAGC